UACCUAAAUUUUUCCUUGUAUUAUAAAACCCUUUUCUCAUCUUCCAAGAAUCUCAGUCCAACUUCUACUACUCUUAUUAACAAAGCUUCCCGUUACUCGAGUUCAUCCGCAAUGGCAUCAAAGACGGCCCAGAACGGAGCCGAAGCUGAGCUCACAGAGUUCGAGAAAACCCAGAAGAAGUACCAAGGUUUCAUCGCUACACUUCCAAAGAGCAAAGGCUGGAGACCCGAUGAGAUCUUAACCCAAUAUGGCGGACACUGGUGGCAAGAAUGUCUCCUCGAAGGUCUUUUCCACGCUAAAGACCAUUUCGAAGCACGACCCACUGAUUUCCUCGUCUGUAGCUACCCAAAAACCGGUACGACUUGGCUCAAAGCCUUAACUUACGCAAUCGUGAACCGUUCUCGUUUCGACGACGCUACGAACCCACUUCUCAAACGUAACCCUCACGAGUUCGUGCCUUACGUUGAGAUAGAUUUCGCGUUUUAUCCAACCGUUGAUGUUCUUCAAGACAAAAAGAACACGCUUUUCUCUACCCAUAUCCCAAACGGGUCAUUACCCGAUUCGAUUGUGAACUCGGGUUGCAAAAUGGUUUACAUAUGGAGAGACCCAAAAGACACUUUCAUUUCCAUGUGGACUUUCUUACACAAGGAGAAGUCUCAAGAGGGUCAGUUAACGAGUCUUGAGGAGAGCUUUGAUAUGUUUUGUAAAGGUUUAUCUGUGUACGGUCCUUAUCUGGACCAUGUGUUAGGUUAUUGGAAGUCUUACCAAGAGAAUCCGGAUAGGAUUUUGUUCCUUAGGUACGAGACCAUGAGAGCUAAUCCUCUGCCGUUUGUGAAGAGACUGGCUGAGUUCAUGGGUUAUGGCUUCACUGCUGAGGAAGAGGGGAAAGGUGUUGCUGAGAAAGUGGUGAAACUUUGCAGCUUUGAGACGUUGAAGAAUCUUGAAGCUAACAAAGGAGAUAAAGAAAGAGAGGAUCGUCCUGCUGUUUAUGCCAAUAGCGCCUAUUUUAGGAAAGGAAAGGUCGGAGAUUGGGCUAAUUAUCUUACUCCCGAGAUGGCUGCUCGUAUCGAUGGUCUAGUGGAGGAGAAGUUCAAAGAUACUGGCUUGCUUCAACAUGAUAAUUGAAUGUUUUAUCUUUAAAUUUCUUCUAGUCCUUUUGUUUAUUUGGUGCGGCGGAACAGAGGAUGCUCUGUUUUGCUCUGUUUGUUUCUGUGUUCUCAUUAGUAUCUGCAUCAUCUUCUUAAUAACAAGAGAAAGAUACUUCAAUA